CGAAGGUCCUGGUAAACGAGCGGGACGAGUCCCGCUUCAAAUAGUUCAAGUGUUAAAUUAUCCCGACGGUGUCCGACGACUCCGAUGUAAUCGCCUGGAGACAUUCCAGAAACGAGAAGUUUGCGAGAUACCUACGGGAUAUGUGCGAUACUCUGGAUUCGUAGCGAGUUAUAAGUAGCAACGAUGGAGGUGCACGGCAUCGACGAGGAAGAUGAGGAUGUUGUGAUACAAGGUAGCGCUCUUCACCAGCACCUUUCGGAAUUCGGUUACAUGGACUUUGAGAGUGUACUUGUGCCCAAGACAGCGGACCUCAAACGGGAGCGUUGUUUGAACAUUGAUAUUCGAAACACCGUGAAGCAGAUUUAUGCAAAUUUAUUUUCUCUUUACUCCUGGAUGAUGCAGGAGACGAGCGUUUCCUGCGAGCAACUGAGUGCUAUUUUGAAUGCGGAAGCUUUGCUGAACGACCAUUUUUCUACGAUUAGCGACCUUCUAGCCAAGUGCAAUAACAGUUCUAAGAGAGUACCGCUGCAAGAACUAAUUGUGACUGGAGCUGUAUUAGUCUCUUCAAUGUACGUUUCGUGGUGCGAACACAAGACGUUGCCGACGUUAUUUGCGUCGUCCGCAAUUUGUUGCGUCGGUUAUACGAAGUACUUGCGUUUUCGUGCAAAUAGAAAUCUAAAAAAUGUUGUAUCGUUACAAAACGAACUUUUUCUCACGUGCAAAGAUGGCCUUAAGAUCUUACGACGUGAUUAUAAGAUAAAAUUGGGCUCCGAAACGUGUUUUCAACAAUUUUCUCAUUUCUUAGGUGAAAAGUUGCAAUAUCUGGAAUCACUAAAAGACUCUUUAAUAAGAUUCAUGGAAAAUAUCUCGCGCGUCUAUUACGAGUGCUCGCUGUCAAUUGCGAAACUGCUGCCACCAGAUGCGCUUAGCGAAGAGUCGUUUACAAAGUUUGAAGCCGACUCGUUCGAGGCAUCUGGCGAAAUCGAUUAUCAAGCAUUGAAGAGACUAUAUCACAUCUAUCUUCUGGUGCAAUCAGAAAUGUUGUAUUUACUAGCUGUCGCGUAUGAUAGCAGUACGUGGAUACGUUCUUGCCAGAAGAUUCCCGAGACAAAAUUAGCUCAUAUAAUUCAUAUCUUGAUUAAAGAACUGGCAGUAUACAAGAUUAAAUUGUCAGAAGUUAUUAAUGCGUAUCGUACUUGCAAGAUGGAACCAGUUCGAUAUAAGACACAGGAUAAAGUUAAGUGGCACGAUCCAACUGUCCAGUUGGAUUUGGCGUCGUACAAACUGCAAUUGGCCUACAAUCAAGUUUUUUCAACAUUUAAGAAUAUUGAGGACUGCAUUAAUCAAGAUAUUGGUAUCGAUAACGAAACGGCUGACACGCUGAUGCAAAAGCUGGGUAGAGCAUUCAAGGAGAUCGACACUGCUGGGAGUCUGGCAGAAUUUGUCGUUCUCUUGAUGGCAAGAUCGGGAUUCGGCGAUCUGAGAAGCGGCGAUCGACCUGCAGUCGAUGAUACUGCGAUAAAUCAGAAUUCCGACGUGCCGAUAAUAAUCGACUCGGACCCGCAGAUUCUUGAUGAGGUAUUCGAAGAGUAUAUCAAAGACGAGUAUUUAAAACCGUUGAACGAGGACACAGACGAAUGCUCGUUGGAGCAACGAAAGCUGGACAAGCUUCUGGCCAAGAACUUUAUGGUCGAAUUGAAGGAAGCUUUGGUCGAUAAACAUAAGUCUAUGUCCGAGCGGGAGUCCAGGGCGCUGCAACGUGUGUAUAAAAAUGUAUCGAGGGAUCCUACAUCGAGAAUCGAGGAGAACGAGAAGCACGUCCCGCCCGUUCCACCGCCGAUACCUCUUUACUACAUAUGGUCAACGUCGUCAAGCGACGCUAAUUCAAACGGCAGGAAAAGGAUUUCUUCUACUUGUAAGAUAAAAAAUGAUGAAUCGUCUGUCCGAAGAGAAUCCAGCGAAUCGGGUGAAGAAAACGAUCUUGUGAAGCCUCUGAAACGAAAGAAUAUUUUGGACACAUCACGUGCCGAAGUCUACGACGGGGAUGAGGAAUCUGUUGCGUCUUUGCCGCAAAUUCUCCUCGAAACUCGAGCCACGCGGUUUGUCACGAAGCUACCGCCACCUUUUCUCCGUGAGGAAACGUUCGUAGGAAGCGGCGAGAAUUCUGAGGACGAAAUCGUAGGUGAUGCGAGUGAUUGUGAGGAAGAUAGAGAGUCCCAAUAAUAAGUUUGAUAUUUAAUCUUCUACGUCUUUCCACAUUUGUUUAAAAUACAGAAUGAAAUAUUGGACUUUUUUAAUGACUAUGUCGAAACUAUAUAUUUCUUUAUCUUUAGAUGCGCACUUCGUAUCGCGUUUGUUUUGAACAGCGUGGAAUAGACUCGCUCUGUCUCAAAGUAUCGUGUCAUCAGAUCGCAGAGUGCUUCUGCGAUUUCUGAACUGUAACUUUAUUAAAUAAUUCGAUUCAA